AUGGCGGCAGCACGGAUGACGCUGUAUAAGCUGGUGGUGCUCGGAGAUGGAGGAGUCGGUAAAACGGCCUUAACGAUUCAACUAUGUCUUAAUCAUUUCGUCGAAACCUACGACCCCACAAUCGAAGAUUCAUACCGGAAACAGGUAGUCAUUGACGGGACUGCUUGCAUGCUCGAAGUCCUUGAUACAGCUGGGCAGGAGGAAUAUACCGCACUUCGAGAUCAAUGGAUCCGUGAUGGGGAGGGUUUUGUUCUUGUAUACAGUAUUUCGUCCCGUUCGUCGUUUACCAGGAUACCGCGAUUUCACGGACAGAUAUUGCGGGUGAAAGAAUCUUCAUCCACUGGACCAUCACUGGCAGGAUAUGGAGGAAGCCCGCUUCACUCUCCGGCGCUAUCGGGAAGCUACGCGGUCAACAAUGUUGUCCCAAUAAUGCUGGUUGGGAACAAGAGUGAUCGAGUGACGGAGAGGGAAGUUUCAACGCAAGAAGGCCACGCUUUAGCGAGGGAAUUGGGCUGUGAGUUUGUCGAGGCAUCGGCGAAGAACUGCGUCAAUGUUGAGCGGGCGUUCUAUGAUGUUGGGCCGAGCACGCAAACCCCGUACAUGUGUUAUCCUAUGAGCGGGGGCUCGGUGGACAAUUUUUGA